UUUUGAAAGGUGUCCGUGCUCAGUGUAAUUGUGUAUUGGAGGUAAGGGGUUUUCCAGUCAGAUUGCCAGGAAAUCUUUUGAGGCACCAUGCCCACAGUGGUGGUGAUGGAUGUGUCUCUCUCCAUGACCAGGCCUGUUCUGGUGGAGGGGACAGAAGAGUUCCAGCGCAAGCACCUGGCAGCACAUGGACUCACCAUGCUCUUUGAACACAUGGCCACCAAUUACAAACUGGAGUUUACAGCCUUGGUUGUUUUCUCAUCUUUGUGGGAACUGAUGGUUCCUUUCACCAGGGAUUACAACACGCUUCAGGAAGCACUGAGUAAUAUGGAUGAUUAUGACAAGACCUGCUUAGAAUCAGCUCUUCAAGGAGUGUCCAGUGUGGUCCAACAGGAAUGGGGUACAAUUGUUCCUUGCCAGGUUGUGCUGGUUACGGAUGGAUGUCUGGGCAUAGGAAAAGGAUCUCUGCAACAUUCUCUGUCAACCCUGAACCAACGCAGUGAAAGUAACCGCUUUUCACUACCAUUUCCUUUCCCUUCCAAACUGUACAUCAUGUGCAUGGCAAACCUAGAGGAGUUGCAGAGCUCUGAUUCCUUGGAUGCUCUAGAAAAGCUUAUUGACCUCAAUAAUGGGGAGGGUCAGAUCUUUACCAUUGAUGGGCCCCUGUGCUUAAAGAAUGUCCAGUCUAUGUUCGGAAAACUUAUCGAUGUGGCGUACACUCCGUUCCAUGCAGUGCUAAAGUGUGGGAAUCUGUCUUCCGAUGUCCAAGUCUUUCCUAGACCUGAAUCGGUUAUCAUUGAUGAAGAGAUUGAUCCACUUCCUAAAUCUAUAAGCACAGAACUGGAAAUCCUUGGCUUUAUUGACAUUGCAGACAUCUCCAGUCCUCCUGUCCUUUCUCGUCACCUGGUCCUACCUAUUGCUCUUAAUAAAGAGGGUGAUGAUAUUGGGCCUGGAAUUACGGAUGACUUGGAGGAUGAGAAUUCUGCCAGCCAGAUAGCAGGAAAAAUCCCAAAUUUCUGUGUCCUACUGCAUGGUAGCCUGAAAGUAGAGGGGAUGGUGGCCUUAGUACAGCUGGGGAAUGACUGGUGUGGUAUGCUGUACUCCCAAGCUGAUAGCAAGAAGAAAUCCAAUCUGAUGAUGUCUUUGUUUGAGCUUGGAUCCGAGCCCUUACCCUGGUUGGGGAGAAUCUCACAGCUUGGACCUAUAUCUGAUGCCAAAGAGAAUCCAUAUGGUGAAGAAGAUAACAAGAGCCCAUUCCCUCUGCAGCCCAAGUCCAAGAGAAGCUAUGCACAGAAUGUAACAGUAUGGAUUAAACCCAGUGGGCUGCAGACGGAUGUGCAGAAGAUUCUGCGGAAUGCCAGGAAACUUCCAGAGAAAACUCAGACAUUCUACAAAGAGUUGAAUCGUCUUAGAAAGGCAGCACUUGCAUUUGGGUUCCUGGACCUCUUAAAGGGAGUGUCUGAUAUGCUGGAGAGGGAAUGUACUCUGCUUCCUGAUAAUGCCCAUCCUGAUGCCGCCUUCCAGCUCUCACAUGCAGCAGCUCAGCUCAAACUGGCCAGCACUGGAAACUCUGACCAUGCAGCCUAUGACCAUAACAUUGUGCCUCUGCAGACAGACUUCUCUGGCCGUGGCUCAGACAGAAUAUGAAGACCUGAUAUAUCCUUGUGUGACGUCAGUGGAGGAAUUGCCCUCUACCUUGUAAAGUCUGUUGGCUUUCCAGCAAGAA